AUGGCAGGAAAAUAUGAGAUUAUUGCUAAUACUUCGGAUACUAUACCAAAUAUGAACGAUUCUUCAAACAUAGAAGAAGAUCCUACGGACCUUUGUACCAAAAUUCCUAACUUAUAUCAUUUGCUUGAUUUGCGUAAAGAUAUGGGACUUAAUGGAUUUGCGGUUGACAAGAUCAUUAUUUCUCAAAACUCUUUGAAGAAACUCUGCAAUAUUAUAGUGCCAAAUAGUUUUAAAUCAAUUUCUGAAAUCAAUUAUGCGUCUUUGAAUUCCAAAUCACUUAAUUUUACCGGAAUCUACGGAACUCGUGAGAGUAUUGCUAAAUAUUUGCUCCAAAGCAAUCUAAUUGAUGAACAAAUGUUAGAUCAAAAAAAAGUUAGAAAUACUGAGUUAACUCUACCUCCAAGCUUUCCUUCUGCUAUGUCGAUAGAAUCUUGUCAUCAUCAAUCAUUCCUUACUUGUCACAUAAAUGAGCCUCAAGAAAUAUCUGAAUGUUAUGAACGUACAGAUACUGAUUCUGGACUACAAUAUUCUAUUUCAGAAUAUCUAAAUAGACAAGAUUAUUCUUUACAAAUUAGUUCAUCGAUUGGGAUUGAUGAAUUGUUCGAUCUGGCUUAUAUUCUGCAGAUUGAAAUUGAAGAGAAACUUUUAACAUCAUAUGAAGAAGAAAUACAAAUUGCUACUGAUGAUAAUAAUAAUCUUGUGAAAGAUGAAGACGUCAUUAUUGCUGUUGAUUCUAAAUUGCUCACUGAUAUGUUUAAAAAUAGAUUACAAUCCAUUUAUGGGCAAUCUUUUCUGUCAGAGAAAUAUUCUGGCGAUUCGGAUGAAGCUAUGGACGAUUCUGAACAUGAUAGAAUUGAAAAAGACUAUUCGGAUGUAAUUAAUAAAUUGGAAAGUUCUAUCAAAGAUAUCAAUUCACCAAAAUGGAAGGAAUAUAAAAAACGUUUCUUAACUAUUCAAAAGUCUGUUGAAAACUCUGCUAAUCAAGAAAAACAACCAUUGAUAACUAUAAUUUAUCAUAAUCUUUUAGAAAAUAAAGAAAAUAAGUCGAAUAAUGAUAAAUGGAAUGACUACUGGCAAAAUAUAAAAGGUUUUCACAAAAAACUACUUAAAAUUACAGAUCAAGAGGAUAUUUCUGAAAUAUCAGAUCAACAAUUUAUUCAAAGUUAUCUUUACAACAAAGAAUUUGACAAUAAUCCUGAUAUUAAAGAAAAAUCAAUUGAAUUGUUUUAUAAUGAAUAUUCUACGUGGAGAGAUGCAUUCUUAAAUUCAAUAAGUGAUCAUAUAAAAGAAUCUAAAAAAUUUCAAACCAUGUUUAAAGAACUUAAAGAUAACCUAGAAAGUAGGAUACAUGAAAUCGAGAAAGGUUAUAUUAAAAAACUUGGUGACAUUAUUAGAAAAAAAUAUAGCAUUAAUGGUUCAAAUAGAUUUGUAGUUAAAAAACUUGAAAUCAAUAAUGUAUCGAAAAUGCAAAAGUUUAAGUUAGAGUUUGAACUUAUCAAGAAACGACCUUCGCUCAUUACAAUUACUAUAUAUGAAACACAAAUUGAUUCUGAAGAUGUUCAAAACUUAUUUGAAGAUCCAAACUAUGUUCCUACUCCACAACUACAACAAAGAGUUUCAAAUAUAGGGAGCUAUUAUUAUGGACAAGAGUUUUAUUUUAAUUCAAGCAAAUACAUUUUUAAGAAGGUUUUUCAGUUAAAAAGUCGACAUAUUUUGCUCUUUCUUUGGAAUAAUUCUACAAAUUUGCUUGAAUUAUUUUAUGGCCAGAUUCAACAGCGCCGAAAUUUUAAGCCACUUAAAGAAUUUAGAGUACUUAAAGAAAAUACAUUGAUUGAUAUAAAUGAGCCAUUAGGGUUGAUUUUAUUGUAUGAAACUAAAUCUACUAGGUUAUCAGUUUAUAAAUUUCUAGAAAACCCAUUUGAAGUUGCACUUCACUUAAAAGUUGAUAGGCUAUUUGAGGAUAAUUAUGCUCCCGAUAUCUUAAAAGUUAUUUUUAUACAAUGUACGGAAAACUUUUGCUUUAUUGAAAAAAAUGGAAAAGCAAAACUUUUUUCCGGCAAAACAAAACAAUUUCUAUUAAGAAAAUUAGAAUUUCCAUCUAAAACACUGAAUGCGUUGAGUUCUCCAGACGGCACUUGUAUUGUAGCAUUUACAUAUGAAAGACAAAAAAGCAAGGCAUAUAUUUACUUUGGUCCCAAUUUCGAACGGGCACUAAAGUUUCAAAGAGCUACCAAAAUAUCACUUGGACAUGCUAAACCUUUAAAAUUAGUUAACGAUUACUCAGAAAUACUUGGUGAUAAAACGAGUUUUCAGUCAGAUUUUGAAGUUGGAGAUUAUAUUAUUAUUGAGAAUGAGAAAAAACUUAUUACUGAGAUUUCUUCUGACGAUCGUCUAAAAAUUGAAGCACCACAGUUAUAUAUAUUUCUGGAUUUUGAACAAGCUCUGAGUUUUAAAGAGAAUUUUGAAAAUUAUAUUAUUAAAAUGCUAGAUAGAAUAAAGAUGUCGACUCAAAAACCUGCUACUAUAUUAAAUAAUUUUAAAAUUAAUGUUAAUCAUUAUCAAGAUUUAUUCGAUAAUAACAUUAUUAGACAAUAUACGUCCAAAUUUAAGCUUGGAGAAUGGAUAAUUCAGGCACGAUUGUGUAUGAUAAUUAAAGAUGUGCCUAAACAUGCUCGAAAAGAAAUUAAGAAAGAAUUUGAACAAAAAUUCCAACAAAUCGUUGCUAAGGAAGGCAUAGAUAAUUUUAUUAGCAGAAUUUAUUCUGGUGAAGUUGACAUAUACGCAUGGCCAAUGUUUAAUGAUAUGACUUGGUACACUACUUUAGACAAAGUAAAAGAAAAACUUGAUAAAAGAGAGUCUACAUACGACAAUGCACAUUAUUUUAUUGACUAUAUUAAAUCAAUGCUGGCCAAAUUAAUGGUAUGUGAUUGGAGUCCAUUAGAUGAAGCUAUUGUUUAUAGACGUGUAUCUACCCUCAAAAGAUUACUUGACUCUGCUAUAAAUAUGGGAAUUGAACAAACAGAGCCAUUUGUUCAUGAACUUUUGGAUCGUUCAACUGGGGCAAAAAUACCUGAACCUGAAAAAUUAAUAGAUAAUUUUUCUGAGAUUGAUGAUUUACUUUCCAAUAACUCAAAGCUUGUAUUGUCUAAGAAUAUUAGAAAUGCAAUAAACAAUUCACCACUUCCUAAAGAUUCACUGCUUGUGUUAUAUAAGAAUGGUUAUAGCCUGGUUGAUAUAUCACGACAUUUAAUUUCCUUUUUCGAAAAACAUAUUAUGGAACGCAAAAGUGCAGAAAAAGACGAAAUUUGGUUCAAUAAUCUUCGUAUAUUUUUAGAUUAUAUAGUCAAAAGACGCAUUAAUAGAGUUAAAUCAUGGUAUACACAGAAUACAGCAAGCUUUUCACAAGAUAACUCACAUAUAAUUCAGGGAAACAAUUUAUUAUUGCGAGAGAUUAGCAAGCUUACAGUUUUUUGGAAUUUAUGUGGCAUCAAAUGUUCCAUAUGUAAGCUAUAUUGUCUAAAACAAAGGGAUCACAAUAAUGAUCAUGACUGCCUUACGGAUCACAAAUGUCACUUUGAUUGCCAAUUUGAUGAAAAACAUUUAGAACAAAAAGUGCCGAAAGAAGCAUGUAAACAUGAAGCUGGACAUGAUGGAAAACAUAUUUGUGACAAAAUUCGACAUGAAUGUGGUGAACCUUGUUAUUUAUCGGAUAAAAAAAAUUGCAACCAAUAUUGUACAAAUGAAGUGGGUCACUCUAAAGAAGUGAAACAUAAGUGUAACUCAGUUCAUCAAUGUGGUGCAGAAUGUUCAUUAAAAAUUAAUACAAGAUAUACGCAAUAUACAAGCGAAUCUUGUCCUAUUCCCUGCCCAAUGCCAACUUGCAAAAACAAAUGUAAAAGCAAAAAUCAUCAUCAUGCAUUAGAAGGAGCUGGCAUUAACCAUCUUUGUGGCAAUGAGCAUCCAUGCCCAAAAGAAUGUGAAAGUCCAAGAAUAUGUCGUGCAGAAAUUAUUGAACAAAAGGCAGUUUAUCAUGGUUUACGUUCAAAUAUUGAUUAUACGAAGUUCGUUCAAAUCAAAAAAAGACUACCAUGUAGCAAAAAGAUUCCUGCAAAUAAAACUUUUCACGAUGGGCCACAUAUUCAUCUAGAAAAUGCGAUGCAUACCUGCGAAUGUACAUUGCCUUAUGGUCAUACUGGUCUUCAUUAUACCACACAUGGGAACAUGAAUUUAACUGUUUUUGUCGCUGAAGAUGAUGAUUUUGAGUAUCGAGGAAAUAAACCUAGGUUCGGAUCGGAGUCUAGGAAAUAUAGAAAUCACUUUGAAGAUAAAGAAGAUGGUGUUAGACAUAUUCACGACCCAUAUACUGCCUUGGAACAAGAAGAUUUUGCAAAAUGUGACCAUGAAUGCCCGGAUGAAAUUCAUCAAAAAUCAAUUGAUGGUUUACCACCAGAGAAAUCUUAUUGCGAUUUGCAACUAUUUCAUAAUCCUAUUAGUACUUUACCUAUUGGGAAAAAAGGAUAUUUAUCUAAUGAUGGGCAUGUAUUUCUUUGUCGAGAUCCUAGAGUUGCAGCUUUUCAUGUUAUUUUUGUACUGGAUCGAUCAUCAUCUAUGAGCCUCAGUGAUCAUCCACCAACAUCGGAUUCGCGAUUUGGAAGAUCAUUACAAGAAAAUUUCAAUAAUCGACUUGGUGCAGCGUUACAAGCAACGGAUCAAUUUAUUAAAACUCGGAUUUCUUCUACACAGAAUCAAAAUAAAACCACGACAAUAGUUAAUGUUAUUGUAUCAGUUAUACUUUUUGAUCGUCAUUCUGAAGUUCUAUUUGAAAAUAAAAGUAUAUUUGAUACUGAUUUUAUUCAAAAUAAAUUGAUUGAGAAAGGAACUGGAAGAGGGACACGUUUUGGCGGAGCAAUUAAAAAAACUGAAGAGGUUAUUGAUAAAUAUUUUGACAUAUCUAGAUUGAAUGUUGUAAUGUUUCUUUCUGAUGGAGAAGAGCAUUUUCCAGAAAAUGAAUUAGUAGUCAUGUGCCGAAAAAAUAAAGAUAAAGGAUCCCCAAUAUUUUUCAACACCAUACAUUUUGGUCAUUCGUCUUCCGGAGCUGGGGUACUUCAAAAAAUGGCAGAAACUGCGCAAACAUAUCAUGAUACUAAUUAUUCUAAUAAUAAUAUGCAAUGUAAAUUUGUAAGAGCGCCUGAUACAAUAUGUCUUAUUGAUAAUUUUACAGAUGUGGCAAUUAGCUUGCUAGUACAUAAGCCUAUAUUAAUGCAAGGUUAA